AUGAGCUUGUCAUCCUCAUCCGAGGCCACUACAUCAUCGUCAAUGGUUACAUCGGUCGUCAGCUCAUCAGAAGUACCAACACCCACAUUGCACCCCUCUUCUGUUGAGACUGCAUCGAACGCAGCAGAGACCCCAACACUGACACCAGAAGUCUCUUCGCCGGUUGAAACACCAAUGCCUUCUUUGAGCACCUCCACUGUCGAGCCUACCUCCAUUGUCGAGCCUACCUCAAGCGCACCCGCUAGCCCCACACCGACACCCGAGCCCUCGACUUCAGUUGAACCAUCACCAACCUCUUCCACGUCCAGCUGUAUCCCCACUCCCACGAACUAUCUUGCAAACGGCAAUUUCGAAUCUGGUUCUGUUCAACCAUUCGUGUUUGGCUCUAGUGCACCGGGCACUACCAACCAGAUCAACGCUGCUGCAGCCCACUCUGGCAACUUUGGCUUCCAUGUGCAGCAAGUUUCGCGCGUCUCUAUUACUAACGCAAUUUGGCAAUUUGCUCAACAAACCGUCAAGAUCCCUUCCGGUACUACAGUCAGCUGCUCUUCAUGGGUCAACGCGCUACGUACUCCGGUCGUACAAGUAUUGACCUACAUUUACAUCGAUAACACGCUGUGCCAUUUUGAGGCUGUCACGAAGAAUGACUGGACGAAGCCUACGGGUAGUGUCACUGUUUCUGGUGACACUCAUACUGUGUUGUAUAGGGUCAUUCUACCUGUUAACAACUUCAACUACGUUGGCCCGCUGUUUGAUGUGGAUGAAAUCUCCAUCACGCCGAUGACUGGUCCGGAUGCUGUCGCGUCUUGUUAA